UAUGCAAAGGUGUUCCCGAUAAGUGGAAAAUUUUGAAUAAGGCAAUUGAAAUUAGAAGGUGUGCGCUGAAGAAAUAUUACACCCAGCCCAUCAAGCCCAUAUACUGCCCAGGCGCCCAGCCCAAAUCACAUGAGGCCCAUUUACCAUGCACGCGGGAGCACCGUACCAAAUGUGCCCACCAUGGCCGCCGUGGCAUUGCAAAAACGGGAGAGAAACAACACGUCGCCCUUCUCCGUUCGCUCUCCUCUCAUGGCCAUCCCUAAAACACGCCAUGGUCAUCGACGAACCGCCUGUCCAUUUCCAUUGCCGCCCCUCCUCCUCCUCCUCCUCCUCCUGCACGGUAGAUUAAGAUCGAUGCAUGGUGCGAUUUCUGCAUCGGGAAGGGCAGAUUAAGAUCGAUGCAACAAGCAGAACGGCUAAUCCGCAGCGUUGGACGACAUGCACGUACGAUCGCCGGCAAGGUCCAUGGACACCUCCCUCUCCAUCGCCGUCGCAGCCGCCGCCGUCGUGCUGCUGCUCCUCGUGCGGGGCGCCGAUGCCGAGAUCAGGACGACGCUCAUCGUGUCGGACGCUCGGCCUCUCAUUCUGUUCGAGCAGUUUGGCUUCGAGCGUGGCGGGAAGGCGACCAUCUCCAUACGCCGCUCGUUUUGGAAUCUCCGGCGGGGGUCACGGCGCACCGCGGUUGACCCCAGCCUCAUGGGGUUCGUCCUCAUCUCCGGAACCCAGUUCCCGAAGAUCAACAACGCGUCCGCGUACGCGGCCGCCGACCCGGGGGACAACGGCGACGACGGCGGGGGCAGUUACUGCGUGCUGACGAGCGAGUACGCCCUCCCGGUGCUCCGGCUCGGCGACGUCCCGCCCGGCGGCGUCACCACCACCGUGAGCAUCGACGACCCAGACCAGUACGCCGUCGUGUUCAGCAACUGCCAGGACGGCGUGGAGGUCACCGUCGACGUGUACACCGAGAUGUACAACGUGCGGGACGGCAUCUCCGACGGGCCCAGGGACUACCUACCCGUGGGCCUGCGGCCGCUGCCGACCAUCUACACGGUCGUGUCGGAGGUGUACUUCGCGUUCCUGGCGCUGUGGGCGUGCGUGUGCGUGCGGCACCGCGCGACGGUGGAGCGGAUCCACGCCGUCAUGGGCGCGCUGCUGCUGUUCAAGGCGCUCAAGAUGGCGUGCGCGGCGGAGGACUCGUGGUACGUGGAGCGCACCGGCACGCCGCACGGCUGGGACGUGGCGUUCUACGUCUUCGGCUUCUUCAAGGGCGUCCUGCUCUUCACCGUCAUCAUCCUCAUCGGCACCGGCUGGUCCAUCCUCAAGCCCUACCUCCAGGAGAGGGAGAAGAACAUGCUUAUGAUCGUGAUCCCGCUGCAAGUGGUCGAGAACCUGUUGCUGGUGGUGAUCGGGGAGACGGGGCCGACGGGGCAGGACUGGGUCGUGUGGAACCAGGUGUUCCUGCUGGUGGACGUCAUCUGCUGCUGCGCCGUGUUCUUCCCGAUCAUCUGGUCGAUCCGCAGCAUGCGCGAGGCAUCCAAGACCGAUGGCAAGGCGGCGCUCAACCUCCAGAAGCUCACGCUGUUCAAGCGCUUCUACCUCGUCGUCGUCGGCUACCUCUACUUCACCCGGAUCAUCGCGUCGGCGUUCCUCGCCUUGCUCAGCUACAAGUACCAGUGGGGCGUCAACGUGGCCAUCGAGGCCGCCAGCCUCGCCUUCUACCUGUUCGUUUUCUACAACUUCCAGCCGGUGGCGAAGAACCCGUACUUGUACAUUGGCGACACGGUGGAGGACGCGGCGGUCGAGCGUGAGAUGGACGACGAAGGUCGAUUUUGAGCGCCCUCGUGGAUCGUCCAUAUGAUUUUUCCCCCCAAGUUUUAUGCGUUUCAUUAGUUGGCUAGCUGCGUUAAUUGUGUACGACUAUAUGUUUCGUGCUCGAUCGGAGCGUCAGGCUCGCGGAUUGGCGUGUGCCUGAAACGGUGAUGAUGUGACGACUGGUGUGUCUCUCCCUUUUGUACAAGAAGGCAUGCUCAACGGAUCGGGAAAUUAGCAACAAAAUUGCAUAAUAGAGUGUACAGCAAUGGACAUUAUGGACUGUUGUUUUAUAUCAUGAUCUAUUAUUGAUUC